CGAAACUGGCCGGAACUUUGCAGCUUUGUAUCACGUUUUUAACCCAGAUAUCACGUACACAGGAGAAUAUAAAUGUUACUAUGCUGAUAAUGAUCAUUUUGGGACCAAAGUUUAUAUCUAUAUUAGCGAUCCAAACAAUUUAUUUGCACCAACAUGGACAGAAUUUCUGAAUUUGACAAUCUACCACUAUAGAAAGUCAUAUCUACCUUGUCGGGUAACAGAUCCGUCUACGAAAGUCAAAUUGCUUAAUACUGUUGAAAAUAAGGAGGUUGAGGUCGGAGACAGUACUGCUGUGUCUUAUGACCCAAGACUUGGUUUUAUACUGCUCUACCCUAACCAGUUCUUUGAUGGCCAAUUCGAAUGUAAAGCAACAUCCAAAGAUGGGAAAGAAGACUCCCUUAUUAUGGUUCUCAGGUACCUUAGAUCAACAUCAGUACCACAGCCAGCCUUAAUAAUAUCUAAAACAACAGUAAUGAUAGGUGAGGAAUUUGAAAUCCAGUGCAGGGUAUAUAUUGAUAGAGGAGCUACAUUUGUUAUGAACUGGUCAUACUCAUCAAAUGAGAGAUCAGAUCGACUACAUUAUACAGAUCCAAUAACAGAGGUUAAGUCAGAAACUGUCGACUUUGAUGUUUUGUACAGCAACAUGGUCGUAACAAAUGCUAAAAAGAGUGACGAAGGAGAAUACACGUGUAAAGUGCUGACGCAUGAUGGAAAACAAAAUAAUGUCAGCACCGUAAUAAAUGUAGUGGAUUUUGUAUCAUUAGUAAUUGCUUGGUCAAUAGUGUAUGCAGAAGAAGGUAAACGGGUAACCUUGAGAGCUGACUUUAAUGGAAAUCCCUUCCUUCCCACAAUUACAUGGUGGCGCGGGAAUAACCAGCUUCAUAAUGUGGACGGAAACGAGACUAUAACCACUACGACGAACACAACUGCUUAUUCCAUCAAGAGAGUGGCAAAAUAUAUGACUGGAACAUACACAGUUAAAGCUGAAAGCACCAUUUUAGUAACUAAAGAUAUUAAAUUGGUUGUUAGAUGUAAACCUUUAGUAGAGAUAAAGUCAGAUAAAGCAGGGGACUACUACCAAUAUAACAAAUUUUAUACUUUAACAUGCAAUGUGCCAUGUGUUGACUCCGGUGAUAUACAUGUAUGGAUGGAGUUUUCACCAUGUGACAUAAAUAUGUGUUAUAACCAGACCAGACAACAAUGGAGAAAUAAAACAGACGUCGAGUCUCUGAAAGGGAGGAAUUUGCGUUUAACUUACUUAGCUGAACAGACGGAAGUAAUAAGGUGUAGAGCUAAAAAUAAAAUAGGAAAUACAAUAUCUGCAAACGAAAUUGUAAAGAUUAAAGGCAAGCGCAUGAUACAAUCUCCGUUUUCCCUGACUGUUAAGCUGGUUAUUCAUUCAAUACAACUAUCGGAUACUGGUUCUUAUAUUUGUCUUGGUACUAAACCUGAUAGCAGUAGUCAUAUAGAGACAGAUAGAACAGAAAGAAAUAUUAAAGUUAGAGGGUUAGUAAAACCUCAUUUGGUAGAAGGACAGCAUGACCAAGAAACAAGAAUUAAUAUCAAAGAGGGCAUAUCUUACAAAGUGGCUGAUUGUGAAAUGGUAGGAACACCAGAACCAAGCUUUCGAUGGUUUAAAGACAAUACAUUAAUAGAAUAUACAAAUACUUUCGGAAUAUACUUCACAAAUGAUCAUAGGAGUUUGAGAAUUAAUAAAACUUCCAAGAUUCACCAAGGUGUUUAUAAAUGUGAAGCAACAAACAGCCGGGGCAUGGCUUGCAUGAAAUGGACAUUAUUUGUUGGCGAACAGCAUACAAUGCCGUUAAAGACACAUGACAUCAAAAUAAUUGUAUCUGUGGUGGUUGCAGUAGCAGUAGCAGUCAUUAUACUUGUAGUGUUGGUAAUGUGUGUACUUUACAAGCGUAAGGCUGUAGCACUGCAUAAAGAAUUGGAGAGGACAUUGAUGCAUCCCAGUGGAGACUAUAUUCCUGAUAUACCUAUUGAUGAACAAACAUCCUGUUUACCCUAUGAUGCAAAAUGGGAGUUUCCAAAAAAGAAGCUCAGACAGGGUAUGGUAUUAGGUCAGGGAAAUUUUGGUCGUGUCAUUAAAGCCGAAGCUAUCGGUAUACUGGAAAAUGAAAUUGGUUCAACAGUUGCCGUAAAAACGGCCAAAGAUUGUACAGAUAAAGAACAAAUGAUGGCUUUAAUGUCAGAGCUGAAGAUAAUGAUACAUCUCGGUCAGCAUCUUAACAUUGUAAAUUUACUGGGUGCUGUGACCAAGGAAAUCAAAUAUGGUGAAUUAAUGGUGAUUAUUGAAUACUGUCAUUUUGGAAAUCUUCGUAACUACCUGAUUAAAAAGAAGGAAACGUUUAAGGACCCUAAAGACGAUAAAAUACCAGAUAAUCUAAAUAAAGGACCUUUAGAGGAUACAAAUGGUCCUCUUUUGACCACGAACAAUCUAAUGUGUUGGGCUUUCCAAGUUGCAAGAGGAAUGGAAUACUUGGCUUAUAAAAAGUACAUUCACAGAGAUUUAGCAGCUAGGAAUAUUCUGUUAGCACAUGAUAAUGUUGUGAAGAUCUGUGAUUUUGGACUUGCUAAAGCCUGUUAUAAGAAUCCCGAGUAUCAUAAAAAGGGGGAUGGACCAGUUCCAGUGAAAUGGAUGGCAAUUGAGUCUUUAACACAUCAAAUCUACACCACUAAAAGUGACGUAUGGUCCUAUGGUGUGUUCUUAUGGGAAAUAUUUUCUUUAGGCGGUACACCCUACCCUAGCAUUGAAAUCAAUGAAAAAUUUAUCAACUUACUGAAGGAUGGUUAUGUGAUGGAGAACCCAGAAUAUUCGUCAGAUGAAUUGUAUAAAAUUAUGAAAGCAACAUGGAGGACAGAACCAGAUGAAAGACCAACUUUUACACAAUUGGCCUGUCAAAUGGGAGAUUUAUUAGAAGCUGAUGUUAAACAGUAUUACUUGAAUUUAUAUACAUCCAGUUACUUAAAAAUGGUGGAUUCAGACAAGACAGAAGAUGAAUCGAGCAAAGGGGCGUGUGGAUAUAAUGGCUAUCUAAAAAUGAAUGGUGAACCGUCACACUAUACAAAAAUGGAGCAAGCUCCACCUCAUCCGACUGAUCAGAAUAAGUUCAAUGAAGAUAUCGACCAUAACAAAAGCCGCUACAUCAACAAAGAACAGUUGUGUAAGGAGAAAUCUUGUUAUAUCGAACUUCAACCAUUGAGAGUAAAAUAAGAUUGUGAUAAUGUCAUAUCACGUCAAACAAAACCUCAACAACCUCAACAAUAUAGUAAUACUUCCACAUACAGUCAAAGAAAUGAUAACACAGUUACUGAGGAUUCGAAUACACAUUUCCCUGUUUCCACUCCCAUAAUUAAGGAGAGGAUCGAUAUCUGAUAAUAAAGCGGGACCAGACGACGAAAUGUGAAAUUUAUGUAUAGUAAAGGGAGACACUUUUUGUGAACAAAGAAAAUAAAUCAUGGCCUAUUGAUAAAAAAUAACAAAUAAUUCAGCAAUGUCAUAAAAACUGUUGUUUUAAUAUGAUUGUGUUAUAAUUUGUUAACAAUUACAUGGCUCUAUUUUUUAUCAUGACUAAAUGAAUGCUGAUAAUAGACUUUUUUAAGCAUCAGACAGAUUUAAACGGAUAAUAAUUCGUCAACAUGCAAAUAUUGUUUUAUUUAUUUUGGUGUGAAUAGCUAUACUGUGGGUUUCACAGUGAGUUCGCCUACAGGGUUUUUGAUUUUUGUUUUAUGUUGUUUGUUUUCAUGUGUGUUUACUGUUUGGUCUUAAAUGAUCUUGCCUUAUAUUUUUAUUCCCUAUAUGUAUGUUAAAGUUAAGAUAAAAAAUCAGCUAAUUCAUUUAUAUGAUUUUAUGUUUAUGUUUAAAGCAACUAUAUGCUCAGGAUAUUUUUGUUUAUACACAGUUUUGAUUUAGAAGAAAAACCGACAUGGUUAGAAAAUACAAAUAACAACACCAUUACAAACACAAUUCCAUUUUAAUAUUCUUCUCAUGGUUAGAAAAUACAUAAAAUAACAUCAUUACAAACUCAAUCCCAAUUUAAUAUUCUUGUACGUGUCUAUAAAUAAAACACAUAUCUUAUUUUUAGAAAUUUACCUGUGGUAAUAUAAACGUCACUUUUUGUGACGUUGAUACAUUCAUUUGACGCACAGUUCAUAUUUCGUUUGUGGUGUCCUGGUGUGCUGUCGUAAAUUCAUGGGAGGUGUCCGUUGUUAUUCUGCGGUUUACCUAUUAUGUCUGUUUUGUUCACGCAUCGUUGUAAAUAUAAUGGAAUUUGAUGCGACUGUCAUACAAGUGAGAGGUUUAGCGCUAUAAAACCAGGUUCAAUCUUCCAUUUUCUACAUUUGAAAAUGCCUGUACCAAGUCAGGAAUAUGACAGUUGUUGUCCAUUCGUUUGAUGUGUUUUAUCAUUUGAUUUUGCCAUUUGAUUAGGAACUUUCCGUUUUGAAUUUUCGUCGGAGUUUAGUAUUUUUGUGAUUUAACUUUUUACAUGUUGUAAUGUACUAUUAUAUUAUUUAUUUAUGUAUUUCUCUGUGCUGAGUGUUCUUGCGUUUGUUUGUACUGUACUCCUGUCACGUAGUGUUGUCAUUUCAGCGGUAUUUUUAACAUUUUUGUCAUACUAACGGGAGGCUAGCCAUAAAACCAGAAUCAACCCACCAUUUUUUCUUAAAAUAUCCUGUACCAAGUCAGGAAUAUGGCAGUUGUUAUCAGACAGUUUGUUUCUAUGUAUGUUGGCGUUUGCUUUUUUUGUAGUUCAGUGUUUAUGUUGUUCCGUUGUUUUCCUCUUAUAGUUUGUGUGUUUCCCUCGGUUUCAGUUUGUUACCCGGUUUUGUUUUUGCUUAAUCGAAUUAUGACUAUUGAACAGCGGUAUACUACUGUUGCCUUUACUUUUCAUCAUAAUUCAUGUGAUACCAAUUUUGGCGGAUUUCAUGAAUAAACGUAAACCAAAAAUUCAAAUAUCCAUGUAUACUUUGGCAAAACCACGAAAAUAUAUAUCCACGAAAACACCAUUUUUCCUCAAUCUACGAAAAUAAAUGAAUCCACAAUAUUUCAUUUUUACAUAUAUACUUCAUGUUGUACUCAGUGCAAAAGGAGUUUCGAUACAUCAUUAUAUUUUGGUUGAGUGUAUUCAAUAUUUUCUCGAAUGAUCGAGUGGUAUUAAUCAGUAAUAGUUUUGGACACUGAUUUAAAUUCUCAUUUUGAAUUUAUUACAUUCAUACAUUAGAUUUAUUUCUUAGUUUUAUAUGACAGGAGUCAAGUCAGAAAAAAAUGUAGUGUUUACAGUGUAUUUUUAAGUGAUUGAAGUUUUAUAUAAUUAUAAUAACUUUUAUUUAAGUCUACCAUAACAUAAUUAAGAACAAUUUGUAUUGUUAAGGUAAAUAUACUUCCCUUUUCAGUGUGUUAAUAGUAACAAUUUGUCUGGAAAUUUAUGUAAUAGACAUUAUUUAAUUCAUUCACAUGAUACGAUAUUACAGAGCUGGUAUUUCUUAUCAUGAUUUCCUGGAUAGAGGGUUGCUACUCACAAGGAAGCUGUUAAACCAAGAGUUCCAAUUGGUGAAGUUGAAAUCAUUCCUUCGUAAUUUUUACUGACGCCAUCACGAGUUGACCGUUAUGGAGUAUCCGUUUCAUAGAUUACAACGGAUGUGUUCCAAUUGUCGUAACUACAAUCCCGUUCCCUUUUCCCCGAAUGUGACCCACCGAAUUAGACUUAUUACCGGGUUUGUACUAAUAUUAGCAAUACGACGGGUGACACAUGUGGAGCAGGAUCUGCUUACCCUACCCAUUUUUAGUGGUGUUCGUUUUGCUCAGUCUUUGGUUUUCUAUGUUGUGUUUUAUGUACUGUUGUUUGCUUCUUUGUCUUUGUCAUUUUUUUAGCCAUGGCGUUGUCAGUUUUGUUUUCGACUUAUGAGUUUGAAUUUCCUUUUGGUAUCCUUGGCCUCUUUUUAAAACAUAAAACAUGUUGGUGACAUUUUGACUUCUCCAUUCUUUGUCUGUUAUGACUACAGGUUAAAAAGCCAUUUUACCAAUGGUUCAUUGUUUUUUUAAAAGAUUUUUCCUUAUCUGAUUAAUAUGAAUGACUUUAUUUUCUUUACCUGAUACGAAUAAAAAAUUAGAUGCAUGUAUAAUGUAAGUCAAUUAGACAUAGUGUGAAGUAAUAUUUUAUGAAUACCUUCCAUGAGGAGUGAAAACCGUUAGUAAUUAUGGGAAUGGUCUUUCAUACAACUAUUUAUUUUUAUACUAAUCUUUAUUAUUUAAUUUUUUACUCACAUUUGUACUUUUGUGAAAUGUAUAUAUAUUGAAUAUUUAUUCUAACAAUAAAGCGUUCGAGAACCUCUUGA